AUGAAGUGGCUGGGAGAAUCCAAGAACAUGGUGGUGAAUGGCAGGAGAAGUGGAAGCAAGUCAUCUAACGACCACGCGCAGAGUCAGACCAAACUGCCGCACGCGGGCAAGGAGACUCCCAAGACAGGCAAACAUGGUGUGGAGAGAAGAUCGAGCAGAUGUAGCGGUGCUUCAGGAUUUGAGGGUCAGAGUCGUUACGUGCCUUCCUCUGGAAUGUCUGCCAAGGAACUGUGUGAAAACGAUGACCUAGCAACUAGUUUGGUUCUUGAUCCCUAUUUAGGUUUUCAGACACACAAAAUGAAUACUAGUGCAUACCCUUCAAGAAGUUCACUGAACACCAGUAAAUCCUGUGGCUUUUCCUCCUCUAGUGCAGUUAGAUUUCGACCUAUUAAAGGAAGGCAAGAAGAACUAAAAGAGGUGAUUGAACGUUUUAAGAAAGAUGAGCACUUAGAAAAAGCCUUCAAGUCCUUGACGUCAGGUGACUGGGCCCGGCACUAUUUUCUUAACAAGAACAAAAUGCAGGAAAGGUUGUUCAAGGAACAUGUGUUCAUUUAUCUGCGGAUGUUUGCGACCGACAGUGGGUUUGAGAUCCUGCCCUGCAAUCGCUACUCUUCGGAGCAGAACGGAGCCAAAAUUGUUGCAACGAAGGAAUGGAAACGUAAUGAUAAAAUAGAAUUGCUUGUGGGCUGCAUUGCUGAACUGUCAGAAAUGGAAGAAAACAUGCUGCUGAGGCACGGGGAGAACGACUUCAGUGUCAUGUACUCCACGCGGAAGAACUGCGCCCAGCUGUGGCUUGGGCCUGCUGCCUUCAUCAACCACGAUUGCAGACCUAACUGUAAGUUUGUGUCAACGGGCAGAGAUACAGCAUGUGUGAAAGCUCUAAGAGAUAUUGAACCUGGAGAAGAAAUCUCUUGUUACUAUGGAGAUGGGUUUUUUGGAGAAAAUAACGAAUACUGCGAAUGUUACACCUGUGAAAGACGUGGAACUGGUGCUUUUAAAUCAAGAGUGGGAUUGCCAGCACCUACUCCUGUGAUUAAUAGUAAAUAUGGACUGAGAGAAACAGAUAAACGAUUGAACAGACUUAAAAAGUUGGGUGACAGCAGCAAAAAUUCAGACAGCCAGUCCGUCAGCUCUAACACUGAUGCAGAUACCACUCAGGAAAAAGCUAAUGCAAGUAAGUGA